AUGGAAGGUAAAAAGAAUCAAUCACAAAGUUUAAAACCGAUUGCUUUUAUAUCGGUUGUUUUUAGUACCUUUGCUAUAUGUUCAAUUUUGGUAAUAUUUCCAUUAAUUAUCAAUUAUAUUCAAACAUUGGAAUCAUUGGUUCAAAUAGAUCUCGAUUUUUGUCGCGCUCGAGCUCGAGAUAUGUGGAAGGAAAUUUUGGAUAUUGAAACUAAUGGACGUUAUGAUUCUGGAAAAUUGGCAGGUAUAGUGAUGGCGCAUCGAGAGGUGAAACGUGAUACGUUGGCGGAUUUUUGGAAACGAAGAUUACAUGAUCAAGAGCUUCGUGACGAACCAUAUCAAAAAUCGGAAUCGUUUAGGGAAAGCUAUGCAAGUGGAGAUUGUUGUACAUGCUCACAAGGACCACCUGGACCACCGGGAGCACGAGGUCGCGAUGGUGUACCUGGAAUAGACGGUGAAAUUGGCCAAAUUGGACCACCUGGGCCACCUGCACCUUACGAAGCGGACAUUCAUAGUCUAUUUCCGCCACAGUGCCCAUGCGAUUCACCACCCGGUGAACCUGGUCUCAAGGGACCACCCGGACCUGAUGGUCCACCAGGACCAUCUGGUCAAGAUGGCGAAGAUGGAAGACCCGGAGAUCAAGGACCUAGAGGUCCACCGGGGCAACCAGGUCAACCAGGGCAACCUGGAAGAAGUGGUUCACCCGGAGAACCAGGAGCAUAUAGAACGGAAGUUGGACCACCGGGUCGGCCAGGUGCCCCGGGACGUCCUGGACCACCAGGAUUAGUAGGACCACCAGGUGCAAACGGUGAUGAUGGUCCGGUCGGCGCAGUAGGUCCACCUGGUCUUCCUGGACAACCAGGACAACCAGGUCCAAGUGGGCGACCGGGAGUUCCUGGAUCACCUGGAGAACCUGGUGCACCUGGAAGUUGUGAGCACUGUCCACCAGCUCGUCUUGCUCCUGGCUAUUAA